UGAACCUUCAGAUUGUUUACAUUCAAUCAUGCCGGAAACUAGUAAAGCACGAAGUAAUGCUAAGUGGGAUGAUGAUGCCAACAUUAAAUUUAUAGAUUUGUGUGAAAAUGAGAUUAGACAAGGACGUACCACACACCCAUUUAAAUAGAGAUGGAUGGAAUAAUGUUGUUGAAGAAUUCAAUAGAGCCACGGGAAGAAACUAUGAUAAAAAACAAAUGAAAAAUCAUUGGGAUAACAUGAAAAAAGAUUGGAUUCUUUUUAAGAAGUUGAUGAGAGGGGAGACAGGUUUAGGAUGGGAUGCCACCAAAAAUACAACUAUGGCAGAUGAUGAUUGGUGGGAGCGAAAAAUUAAGGAGGAUGAUCGAUACAAUAAGUUCAGGAAAAUAGAUCUCUCACUUAUAUGGUAUCGCUAUGAUGCGUUGUUUUCUAAUAUUGUUGCUACUGGAGAAAGAGCACGUGCAGCGAAUCAAGAACAAAUGUCUGGCAUUGGAGUAGAUCUUGAUGAAGAAGGAACAAAUAAUAUUGGUGGCUAUGACAAAGAACACUUUAUCAAUCCUAGUGAUGAAGGGAAUGAUGAAAGUGAUGAUAUACAGAAUGUGGAUUCUAUUAUGUUUCCUAAGCCGUCACUUAAAAGAUGAGGUUCAAUUGAUGAUACUGGAACUAGCAAUCAAGUCAAAAAAAAUAAGGCAAAAUCUGAUGCGGCAUCAAUGAGAGAGGGUAUACACUCUCUAGUGGAGUUUAUGUCUAGUAAAAGCACUGCUACAUCCCCUUCGGUAGAUGAUCCCGUCAUCGAUAAGUGUAUGAAUAUGUUGGCAAAUUAUUCGAUAUUCCCGUCGGGAGUGGAAAGUACAACUAUGUUUGCAACAUGUUUCUUAAGAAGGAUGUACGUCAAUCGUUUCUUAAGAUGGAACCCAGUGAAG